AUGAACCUAUGCACAUCAUUCGAAUCGUGGCAGCUAUUCGGAUGCUUGAUUGAUGUUUAUCUGUUGCCUACAGUAUGCAUAUUCGGAUUGGUACUGAACAUCGCAUGUCUUAUUGUAUUCGCAGUACACAAUCAACAUCCUUUAGUGCCUUCGUUGAUCGUUUUAUCGCUAUGCGAUGCGUUACAAUUGUUUCUUUCGUUGUUCGUCCUCUUUCUGCCAGCCGUUCAUGAAUACACGCAAGCUGAGAGUUUUUCUGCGCUAGGACAGUGUGCGUACAUGGCAACUGGAACGCUGUCUCCGCUGCUGCUUGCAUCGAAUUGUGCAUCAAUUUGGACGAUGUGUUUCAUUGCGAUGCGCCGUUAUGAGGCCAUCUCACGUCCAUUACAUACGGUCGCAUCGCAAGCAUCAAAUAUCACUCCAUUAAGUUGUAUCGCCAUAUUGGCACUACUUUUUAAUGCGUCCAAAUGGGCUGAAUUUAAGUGGUUCUGGCAUUAUGUGCCCAACAAGAAACGUUUUGUGCUCAUUCACGAGUCCUCACCACUUGCUCAUAAUGCCACUUAUCGUUUUAUUAGAGAAAAAGUGCUGUAUCCAGUAUGCGUGUACUUUAUGCCAUUGGUGGUGAUAUCGGUGGUUAAUUUAAGGAUAUUGACAAUACUCAGUCAUGAACGUAUUGGUAAUGAAGGGCGAAAUAUAGCUAGUGAAAAGCGAUCUGUCUUAUUGCUCACUUCAAUUGUUGUGUUGUUCUUCAUUUGUCAUACUGGUGGAUUGGUAAUAAGAUUUUAUACAGUUGAUGAGCAGCACAUCGAGCAAUUUGUGCUGGCAAAAGAUGUGGUCAAUCUACUUUUUAAUAUCAAUUCACUCGCCAAUCCAUUUGUUCGUUUCAAAAUUCAUUUCGAAAUUUGUUCACAAUUUAAAACCCAGAAAGACCUCUCAAUAGCACAAUGCAUUGAGAUUUUGAUGCGUUAUCUGCACUUUUGA